AAAGAUGUAAUAAUGUUGUGGCAGCUUAUCUUUACAAGACAAUGCAAAAUAAGAAAAAAGAAAACACAAAAUCUAAGUCUAUAACAUAAUAAGAAUAUUUUAGGGAAAUUUUUGGUUGUGGAAGUGAAAGAUGGUAGGGCCAAGAAGACCUCAAAUUGUUCUGUUUGGUUCUUCCAUUGUUCAACUUAGUUAUAGUGAUGAAGGUUGGGGUGCUAUUCUUACCAACUUGUAUUCUAGAAAGGCAGAUAUAAUUUUGAGAGGAUAUUCUGGUUGGAAUUCAAGGCGUGCUUUGCAGGUUCUGGAUACAAUAUUUCCUAAGAAUGCAGAUGAGCAACCAUCAUUGGUUAUUGUGUACUUUGGUGGUAAUGAUUCUAUUCAUCCACAUACAUCUGGUCUUGGUCCUCAUGUGCCCCUUGAAGAAUACAUUGAAAAUAUGAGGAAGAUUAUUCUUCAUCUUAAGAGUCUGUCUAAGAAGAUUCGCAUAAUAUUGCUCGGCUCUCCUCCCGUCAACGAGGCGCAGAUUCAGGAAGCGUUCAGUAAUGUAUUUGGGCCGUUAAAGAGGACAAAUGAAACAUGUAGACUUUACUCAGAAGCAUGUUUGAAGCUGUGCCAUGAGAUGAAUGUGGAGGCCAUUGAUCUCUGGUCAGCACUUCAGCAAAGGGUCGACUGGUCAGAUGUUUGCUUUACGGAUGGAAUUCAUUUGUCAGGCGAGGGGAGCAAGAUAGUUGUGAAAGAGAUACUGAAAGUCCUCGAAGAAUCAGAUUGGGAACCGAAUCUACACUGGAAAUCAAUGCCAAAUGAAUUUGCAGAAGAUUCACCAUAUGAUCCUGUUGCUAUGGAUGAAAAGAGUACUGUGAAUAUCUCCAACUGGAGCUUCCAGAAAUUUUUUGAAUGGGAAAGAGCUUUGUGCAUUUCCAAACCAUCAAAUGGUCAUCAAUUUGAAGAGUCAGCAGUCACAAAACAACAUCAAUAAUUUCAAUUAAAAAAAAUAGUGUUGUGCUUCUAUUAAUUAGGAUUUUAUUUGAUGUUAUAUUAUUAAAAUAAAAUGGUAUGCAAUCAUAAAUGUGAUAUUAUGCAUGCCUUUCAAUUUGAAAAAGUUUGUAAAUUGCACCAACUCUUCUAUAUCUCUAUUUAUCUACCUGUCUAUCUUUUCAUCUAGUUUGAA